UUUUGUUCAGUAUUACAACCUGUUUCCUGUUAUGUGGAAGAAUGGAAUAAUAGACAUGCAUUCCUAUCAAGACAUCAAGAAAAAUAAAGCAAUGUUGGAGUUAUCCAUGUUUGAACUGGAUGUCUCAGAUCCAAGAUUUAUGCCCGUCACUCGGGAUUUAUCAAAAAGUAAAAGGGACUUGAUUAAGAAAUGGAUGGACAAUGAUAUGCCGUUCAGUUACCCAGACGAUCCUUCAGGGGACUUGCUGUUUUCAUGUGAUGCUGAUACUAUCCCAGCAAAAGUUGCCGAACUUCAGAAGUUAGGAGAAGCAGCCAUGAUUGUUGAAUUAUCAACCAUUCCACCUUACGUUACUUCAUGGCUAAGUUUACAAACCGAGUUCGGUAGAAACGUGGAAAUUGCGGACAUUGUAAAAUCAGUGUUUGUGGAAGAGAUGCUUCAUAUGUCGCUUGCAGCAAAUUUAAUUAACUCAGUUGGGGGAACUGUGAACUUAACAAGCAUGACAUUAUUACCACAAUACCCCACUCCACUUGGAUCUGGGAAUUUCUUUGAUUUGAUGCCAGGAGUUUAUGUUUCAAUCGAACCCAUGUCUCCAGGGCUGGCGCGUGAUUUGUUUGCAAAGAUUGAAACACCGGCGACUGAAGAAGAACAAAAGAUGUUUCAUGAAUUGGCUGAAUUGUGGUUGAUUUUACAGCUACAAAGAGGAGGCGCAAGUUCUCCCACCUCGAAAAAUAUGCAGCUUUUGUUAAAAGAUUAUCAGAAGGUUAAAUACAAGAGAAAAUCUGCUCUAAAAAGUGCAAUGAACAAAGAAUUAACCCCAAAUCAAACAUGGACUGCAAUUUACGAUUUUGCUGUGAAAAAUUUGAAAAUACUGUCAAGUAAACCAACAAACACAAUUGGAGCACUCUACUUAAGAGCUGCUCUAUUUACUGCUAUGGUAGAAUCAUGUACGCAGAUGAACGCUCUUAAUAAUCCAGGGUCAGAAUGAUUCACCAACAAUAUUUACUGGAGAUGUGGCAAAACAGGUGGACAUGGAUCAAUGGCACAACCCUGAAGAUCAACCAACACAAAGUACUAAUGUAGACCAAUCAAAGGAUAUCCCUAUAAGUACAUUGUACCAACCUUUGUUUCCAAUCAUAAAUCUCCAAAAAGCAGUUGAGGCUGUCAUAGAAAUUGUUUACCAGGGUGAGGGGGGAAGUCAGUGUACUCCUUUUGUUGGUGAGCAAACAGAAGACAAUCCUUUCCCCGACAAAUCUCAUUAUUAUCGCUUUCUCGAGAUUGCAAAUCAGAGGGAGAUUGUUAAGAUGACAGUCCCUGGAGGUUGGAAUGCUGGGUUGGUUUGCAUGAACCUCACUGGACUUGAUUGCCAUGAAGAACUUGAGCCUGGGGAGAAUUUUUGUUUUGGAGGUGUUGAUAUUCCAUUCCGGGAAGAUGGAGUGUGGCCGUUAGUGAGGAACCCACAAAAUGGGAUGUACAAAGAGAAUACAAACGCAUGGAAAGUUAACAUGGAAUUCAAUAAGGCUUACACAACUUUGCUUCAGUGUUUAGAGAAGGGGUUUGGUGGACAACCAGAUUUGAUUAAAGGAUGUUACAGUUAUAUGUAUGAUCUCACCAUUAUAGGAAAGAAGUUGGUUAGCAUUCCAAUAGGAACACAAGGAGAUACCAACUUUAUUGAAGCACCAUGCAAGGAUUGUCAUGCGUCACCAACAUGGACUUUCAUGAGAGAAAUCACAUAUCGGGCAGGGUUUGCACUCAUGGGGCAAAUGGGGUAAUCAAAAAAAUGAAUUAAAAGUAUGCAGAAAUUGAUAUAUAAUCAAGUACACAAUAUCCUUUUAUCUCAAUUUUUUGAAUAUUUCUUAGUUGCAAACAAAAUACCUGCUUUUAAUAAUUACAGCAAAUUAAUUUCAUUCAUAUUAGUGUAAAAAUAAGAGGAACACUUUAGAUCAUAAGUAUCUAGGUUCAUAAAUAGAUUUACAAUGAAAGUUCAAAUAUUUUAUCCGUGUAGAAUGUAUGGGCUACCUAUUAUUAGAUAAGAAAAUGUAUAAAACAAUAUAUGCAGUAAAAUAAAACAUGUUCAUGCUUUGUGUCGAUGUCAGGUAUGCAAAUGUGUUUUGAAUGAAUGUAAC